AUGGCGGCGCGGGAAGAAGAAAAGCCUUUGAGAGAUGCCUCUGCAUCAAGUAUGUUUGUCCCCGAGACGCCAGCUUCACAACUUCCAAAUCUGGAAAACUGUGAUAUUUCUGUGAUUCUGAACCUUCCAGAAAUUCCAACGUUUGAAUGUAUGCCGUGUAAAAAGAAGUUUAAAAAUCGGGCGACAUUGCGAUCUCAUCAGAUAAGGAAACAUGAAAUUGAUUUUAAUAUCAGCUGUGAAUUGUGUAACAUGUCCUUCUUCAAUACAGAGUUAUUGAAGGAACAUAGAGCCAAGUUACACAAACAGAAGGGUCUUUGUCGCUGCAAAACCUGUUUCAAAGUGUUGAGCAGCUGCAGAGGCAUCGCGACAGCACGCGUGAAAUCUCAUUCUGAGGAAGUGCACAAAUGUACGGAACGUAAUAAAUUCUUCAAUUCCAAGCAGGCUUUGAGGAGACACAUGAAAUCACAUGAUAAAGAAUUUAUUUGUGAACUGUGUGACAAACAGUUUGCAACCAAAUUUCAGUUAAAGGUACAUGGUUCUGUACAUCAGGUGAACCCUGACAUGUACCAGUGUGACCAGUGUCAGUACCAGAGCAGAUGGUACUCCUGUGUGAAGAGACAUGUUACAAAAGUCGAUGGUAGGUCACGACCAUUUAUUUGUGACAACUGUGGGCAUUCCUUCAAAGACAAGUACAACUUGAAGAGGCACAUCUCUAAUGUCACUGACUGA